AUGGACAAGGAGAGUUAUAUGCAGCAAAGGGCCUCGCUGAACCGCGACACUAUCUCGACUGAGACCAACCUGUCAUUGCGUGGGCACACACCCGCAUCAUCGAGGACUGUUGCCUGUGAAACAACUGAGCAGGCGGCGACCUAUUCUUCGGUUGCCCCCUUUAAUACCUACCCGCUAUCAUAUGAUUCAUUGCCAACACCGGUAUCCGUAGCCGGUUCUCCGUCCAUGCUGGAGAGAGCUGGGUCCAAGAUGUCUCAUACCUACAAUGGAAGCAACUCACAGCAAGGAACUCCUCCGAACACAGGCCGGAUCAGCCACACAGAAUGGUUCCAUGAUCAAGCUCACUCCAUGAUGACAACCAGUCAGGCAGCAUCCCCUAUGGCUAUGCACCCAUCUGCGGAUAUUCUGGCAAUGCAUGGCCUCGAAUCCACAGGAUCACCUCGACGUCAAAGUAUGGCCGUCUCUGCUCCAGGCAGUCCUCCCACCUAUUUUGGUUCUUAUGGCGUCUCGGGAGACUCGGUUACGGAGGAGGACUUGUCACCCCACAUGUCUUCCACGGCGCUGUUUACAAACAUCUCCAGUGUCGAUCCCUCCAGUCUGACCAAGACAGAACCCACAGAGCACUAUGGGUAUACUUCACCACCUAUGUCACUAAGUUCCUCCACUCAGCAUGUGCCUAUUCUUGGUUCGGCGCCCACUCCCGGGGGUCUUGGGCCACCGAUGACACCAAUUGACGGGCUUCACCACCCAUUCCCGCCCCUCGGUCACCCUCCUCCCCUCAUACUAGAGAUGUACCCACCCUAUAAACGGGGAUCAAGAUCAAAGAACACAAAGCGAGCUGGACAGAGGAAACGCUCACGUACUACACGGAGAAAUUCCUCCAUCCAUGGCGGCCAAGGGGAGUUCUCAAACCAGGGAGCUUCAUCUGCUGGAAGAGCCUCGCCCUCUGGUGUCGUGAACAGCCAACGCAUGCCUCAUGAGAAAAUCAAGUUGAGCGAUGCUGCGCCAAAGGACACCCAGUUCCUCUUUAACACUCGGCUGGAGAUGGAAAGCAGCAAGGGAAAAGCAAUGUGGGAACGUAUCGCGGACAAAUACGCUGAGCAGUUCGAGAGAAAAGAGAGAGCUGCUCUACAGAUGCAGCUUAAUCGUGCGGUGUUUGAGCACAGCAUAUGGCCUGAGAGUGAGGAUCGACUGCUCUUAGAAGCUGCCGCAGAGUACGACAAUAAUCGAUACGAUGGGAUCAUCAAGAUAAUGAAAGAGCGUAGUAACGGAAGUAUGGCGUGGGAUUGGAAACCACCACACAUCAUCAAACGUUUGGUAGAGCUGGGUGAGGAAGAGUACGAUCCAGAAGGGAAUGGAGAGAAGGGUAGGAAAUCACGCAAGAAGAAGCAAAGUCAACGGACCCAGGCCAUCACUUGGAAUCCAACACCAGGAUCCGAAGCAAACGUCUUGUAUGAUGACGAGGCCAUGAGAAGGCGGGCUCGUGCGUCGCUGAGCGUCGAGGAGGCGGAUAUGCUUUUCAACAACGUCUGGCAGCCCGAGAUGGAGCCAGAGGAGCCGGAUCUAAUGCAAAUUUCCGAGCCAGAGUCAUCCAUGAGACAUCCGUCUGCGGAACAGGACAUGAACCAAGCUCACAGCGAACGAGUCGCCAAACAGGCGUGUCAACAGCUCAUGGCCAAGCAACAUAGAGAUACCAGUUCUUUCUACGGCAGCCCUUUCCCAGAGAGAGAUCAUCACAUGUCCUAA